CUUAUACAACAAUAUGUGACGGACUUUCCAACUCUUCUUUCAAAGCCAACAAACAAAAAACCUCUUGUCUUUGUUAGCUCCCGCUGUUCUAUCACUGAUAACACAAAGUUGUUCCACUUUCUUUAUAUGCAUUUGAGUUUCUUCCAGUUUUUGGAGACUCAGAAAGGAGAAAAGAGGAAGAUAAAUCAUGGCGUCUUUGGCCGGUUCUUCUUGUUCUUCUUCUGGUGCAGUGUUUAGAGCUAGAGAAGUUGGUGGCAAUAAUGGAGCUUUUUUGGGCCACUACAAUGGACUUAGGCCAAUGGAGAACGUGCAUAUGGUUUCUUCUGGGACAAAGUCAAGUGGGUUUGUUUCUACUUCUGCAAGAAAAUGCAGAACAAUCAAGGCAAUGGCUUCUCCAACUGUUUCAUCUCCCAAAAGAGAGAAAGAUCCCAAGAAAAGAGUUGUCAUUACUGGAAUGGGGUUGGUCUCGGUUUUUGGCAACGACAUUGACACAUUCUACAACAAACUUCUCGAGGGAGAGAGUGGGAUAAGUCCGAUAGACAGAUUCGAUGUUUCAAACUACUCUGUCCGCUUCGCGGGACAGAUUCGAGACUUCUCUUCCAAAGGCUACAUUGACGGGAAGAACGACCGCCGCCUUGAUGAUUGCUGGAGAUACGGUUUGGUUGGUGGCAAGAGGGCACUUGAAGAUGCUAACCUUGGACAUGAAGUUCUUGAUACUAUGGACAAAUCAAGAAUUGGAGUUUUGGUUGGAACAGGCAUGGGGGGCUUAACUGCUUUCACCACUGGGGUUGAAAAUCUUAUCCUAAAGGGAUACAAGAAGAUAUCUCCAUUCUUCAUUCCUUACUCUAUAACCAAUAUGGGGUCAGCAUUGUUAGCCAUAGAUACUGGCUUGAUGGGGCCCAAUUACUCCAUUUCUACUGCUUGUGCCACUGCCAACUACUGCUUCUUUGCGGCUGCAAACCACAUCAGGAGAGGUGAAGCAGAUAUCAUGGUGGUUGGUGGGAGUGAGGCUCCAAUCCUGCCCACUGGUGUUGGUGGGUUCAUAGCUUGCAGGGCUUUGUCUCAAAGAAAUGAAGAACCCCAGAAGGCCUCGAGACCGUGGGACAAAGAUCGUGAUGGUUUCGUCAUAGGAGAAGGAUGUGGUGUGCUGAUAAUGGAGAGCUUGGAAAGUGCAAUGAAAAGAGGAGCAAAGAUAAUAGCAGAAUACUUAGGAGGUGCCAUAACAUGUGAUGCUCAUCACAUGACUGAUCCUAGGCCAGAUGGCCUUGGGGUCUCAUCUUGCAUAACCAAGAGUUUACAAGAUGCUGGAGUUUCCCCUGAAGAGGUGAACUAUGUGAAUGCUCAUGCAACAUCAACUCUAGCUGGGGAUUUAGCUGAAGUCAAUGCAAUCAAGAAGGUCUUUAAGGACACAUCUGAGCUUAAGAUGAAUGGGACUAAGUCAAUGAUUGGACAUGGUCUUGGGGCUGCUGGUGGAUUGGAAGCAGUAGCAACCAUAAAAGCAAUCACCACUGGAUGGCUGCAUCCAACUAUCAAUCAGGAUAAUUUGGAGCCUGAUGUUACAAUUGACACAGUUCCAAAUGUAAAGAAGAAGCAUGAGGUCAAUGUUGCUAUCUCAAAUUCAUUUGGCUUUGGUGGGCACAAUUCAGUGGUUGUUUUUGCUCCUUUCUCACCCUAAUAAAACCAAUUCAAAGAAGUGAUUUCUCUUCAAGUUCCUAGUUUUGGAUUCAUUAAUUUCCGGAUGUUACAAUAUAGAGGUCAUAUGCUCUCUAAGAAGUUUUAAGAGUUAAAACAACCUGGCCCUUUUCACCGUUUGCAUUUUGAUUCAUCUUUUG